CGUCAUCCCGAACCCCGCCCAUUCCUCUCCCAAACUUUGGUUGUGUCGACUUUCUGUUUUGCAUUGAUUUGAUUGCUUGGGCUCAGCUAUGCGAGUUGUUUCGGACGGUGACACACCUUAUCCUGCACCACCACUGACUCUUCUCUUCAUCUUCAUCAUCGUCGAAAGAGAAAACAGUUAAUUUGGUUGUGUCGCCGUCGCUCUACAGGGUGAAAGAUGUCCGGUGGCUUCUGCGGUCCAGAGCCAGUUUAGGAAGAUCUUUUCCCACGGAGCCUCAUCAGGAAAACCCCCAACGUUUUGCCGUGCAUAGGUUGUCAUUAGGAGGCAACUCUUUAAGUUGGGCUCCUUCUUUUUAACACCGAUCGGGUAUGACUGUGAAACUGUGCCCUGGACUACUUACGUGGAGUUAAAGGCUAUGUCUGUUGUGCCAGGCCAAGACGAGGACGGGCAUGAGAUGCCUUCUGGCUAGCAUUGCUAACGAUAUCUGGACCGCAGCUAGCUCGCAAAACACGCAUUAUAUAGCUAGCUAACACAUUAGUCGACAACACAUUAUUGUCGUGUUGGUAUCCUUUGUUUUUAAGACACUCCUCAGUCUGCAGUCAGUCAGACAGUCGGUGUUCAUUAGAAAGAUGCCGAAAUAGCGGUUACUUGGUUAACGUUAGCUAACCGUUAGAAUCAGUCCUCGAAUCAACAACCUUAAAGUUAUCUUGUACGCGAGGCACAACGUUAAGCUAGCUAGCAGUGUUUAGCGUUAGUCAUCUUUAACAUCACAACAAAAAAAUCCAAAUGCCUAGUCUUUAUUCACUGACACAAAACACUGCAGGGACUGUUGUCUGUCCAGCACUAAUACACUAAUGUUAUUGAUAUGUUAAAACGGACUACAAGUGCAGCCAUUAACGUCAUUAACAAAGCAUAGCAAGUGGGUGGACAAACAUGACAACAAACUAACUAGCACGUAACGACAAAGGUUUGAUAACAGGACUGAUUCACGUUUGAAUACGUUAAAUUUGGGGUUUUUACACCUGCCUAACCUUGUAAAUCACAACACGGAGAAGACGGCUCCUCAAAGCGUUGACCAUGGAGGGAAAUGCACAACAACAACAGCAACAGAAAACAUCUCCUUUAGCUCGGGAACUGACAAGGACAUUUAACAGCUACAACAAACACACCAUACAACUGAAGAAGAACCUGAAAGAGACUAAUGCGUUCUUCCGUGAAAUUAGGCAAAAAUACAGCAAUGCUUGUGCAUCGACCAUGAGCUCGGAAUCAGCAUCUUUUGAGGCAGCCCAGCUCAGCUGCAUCUCUUUCCCCAGUCAUGAGGAAGAGUUUCUGCGCAACACUGUGGGCGCUUCCCCGUACAUCGUGGUACUGGGCCAGGACUGUGCUGCCCGCUACAGGCUACUUAACUGCCUUCUGGGGGAAAGGCUGCUGCCACUGGGCCCUGAGGCAGGAGAGGCUUGUGAAGGAGUCCAGGGCACUGUCUGCAAGAGGCGGAAGUUGUGUUUCACCCACGGGAGACAGACACGGCUCAGCUUGGCACUGCCUGGUCAGUAUGAACUGGUGCACCAGCUGGCAGCUAACUGUGGCCGCUGGGACACGGUGCCCCGGGAAGACCUGGAGAUCCAUGAGGAAUGUGAGGACCCGGCUCACAGGCUAGCAGAGCUGGAGAUUACUCUGCAUCACCCACUGCUACAGGAAGCAAAGGUCAUGGUGGUGCCUUGUCAAAGUGUCCAGCCCAUAGAAGAGGCCCUGGAAGACUGCACACGCGGCAUGAUCCCUAUCAUACUCUAUGCCAUCAACCAAGACUCCCUCAGCACAGAUCAGGUGGCUGAGCUCUGGAAGGUCAAAGAAAUGCUCUCCUUUCCCAUCUGUUUUAUUCGUAUCCCUGACACCAUGUCAGCAGCCUCCCCUGAACCUGGCCGCCGUGUGGAGAAGGAAAAGGAGAGGGAGAAGAGUGCACUCCAUAAGCAGCUGCUUUCCCUCGGCCUUCUCAGUAGCCUGACAGGAAACUGUUCCUGUGGCGCCCCUACACAGAUACCCGCCCCAGGUGCCAAACCCCAGAGUGUGCUCUGUGAAGCUUUCGAAAGGCUGCACCGGUUGCUGGUGCCUUUCGCUCGCCAGGUGCUUCAAAACCAGCAGGUGGAAGCUGCCAACCUGCUUAAUGGGGUUCACUGUCGCUGUCUAGAUCUUUUCAUCAACCAGGCCUUUGACAUGCAGAGGGACCUGCAGAUAACACCACGCAGGCUGGAGUACACCCGUGACAAAGAGGGUGAACUCUUUACCUCCCUAAUGGCCAUCGCUAAUCGCAAACAGGAAGAAAUGAAAGAGAUGAUUGUGGAAACACUCGGCAGCAUGAAAGAGCAGCUGCUGGAGGAUGCUGCCAACCUGGAGUUUACAGACAUUAUUGUAACAAGUAAUGGAGAUCCUGUUACAUCGAAGGAGAUCAAAUCUUGCAUCCACCAGAUCCAGGAACUGAUUGUGGUUCGUUUGAAUCAGGCUGUGGCAAAUAAGCUCAUCAGCUCUGUGGACUAUCUGAGGGAGAGCUUUGUGGGAACUCUGGAGCGAUGUCUCAACAGUCUGGAGAAGUCACACAUGGAGUCUUCUGUCCACAACAUCACUUCCAAUCACCUCAAGCAGUUAUUAAAUGCUGCCUAUCACGUAGAAGUCACCUUUCAUUCAGGAUCCUCUGUCACAAGACUCUUCUGGGAGCAAAUUAAACAGAUAAUCCACAGGAUAACGUUUGUGAACCCACCUGCCAUCACUCCAGAGUGGAAGAGGAAAGUGGCCCAGGACGCCAUAGAAAGUCUGAGUGCUGCCAAACUGGCCAGAAGCAUCUGCUCACAGUUCAGAACCCGCCUCAACAGCUCCCAUGAGGCCUUUGCAGCAUCUCUGCGUCAGCUGGAGGAAGGGCAUACGGGGCGUCUGGAGCGCACUGAGGACCUGUGGCUGCGUGUGAGGAAGGAUCACGCCCCUCGGCUGGCCCGGCUGUCUCUGGAGAGCCGCUCCCUCAGAGAUGUGCUGCUGCACGGCAAGCCUAAGCUGGGCAAGGAGUUGGGUCGGGGUCAGUACGGGGUUGUGUACUUGUGUGACAGUUGGGGGGGACAUUACCCAUGUGCCUUAAAGUCUGUGGUACCGCCUGAUGAUAAACACUGGAACGAUCUGGCUUUGGAGUUUCACUACACAAGGUCUCUGCCCAAGCAUGAGCGGCUCGUCGACCUUCACGGCUCUGUGAUCGAUCACACCUACGGAGGCGGCUCCAGCAUCGCUGUGCUGCUCAUCAUGGAGCGGCUGCACAGAGACCUCUAUACAGGCUUGAAGGGGGGUUUAUCACUGAGGGAGAGACUUCAGAUCGCUCUGGAUGUGGUGGAGGGGAUACGCUUCCUGCACGGUCAGGGCCUGCUGCACAGAGACAUAAAGCUAAAGAAUGUCCUGUUGGACAAGCAAAAUCGUGCAAAAAUUACCGACCUAGGCUUCUGUAAACCAGAGGCCAUGAUGUCUGGCAGCAUCGUUGGAACCCCCAUCCACAUGGCACCAGAGCUGUUUACAGGAAAGUAUGAUAACUCUGUGGAUGUUUACGCCUUCGGUAUCCUCUUCUGGUACCUCUGCACUGGUUCAGUAAAACUUCCAGAAGCCUUUGAGAAAUGCUCCAGUAAGGACCAGCUCUGGAAUAAUGUAAAAAAAGGAGCCAGACCUGAGCGGUUGCCCACUUUUGAUGAGGAAUGCUGGCAGCUGAUGGAGGCCUGCUGGAAUGGAGACCCUUCCCAGAGGCCCCUGCUUGGUAUCGUGGAGCCCAGCCUGCAAAGCAUCAUGGUCCGGCUCUGCAACUGUGGCUCGGAACAGAAAAGCAGUAGCCUCGAGGACUCAAAUUGAAAACACUCCAGACAAACUAACAAAUGUGUGACAGGGAUUUUGAUCAGGAAAGAUUUUUUUUGUAUUUAUGAAUAACGGAGAUAAACGGUAGACCAAUGGAUAAUGUUUGAGCUGUCCUCCUUUGUUGGAUUUACAUUAUUUAUGAGGAGUUGAUACAGACCAGAAGUUUGCAAAUAUGUGUGUUUUAUUGUUCGUUUGUGUGUAUUUGUAUACAUGCUUUUGUCCUAGCUGCUGUGCUAAUUGUUACUUUGUCAUAGAAUUGUUACUAGAUGCAAAUUGUUUUAGAAGUUGUUCAUUCCCAGUAUUAUGAAAAAAUAUAAAUAUAUAAAAGACUAAUUUUAGAUUGUAUUUAAAGUGAACAUGUCUGCAUCUAUACAAAUACAUCUUUUUUUUAAUAAAAAUGAGCUGUUAAAA